UGUCUGGCGGUUAGGACGUCGCAAACCAGACACACACACACACACACAUAGCACAUACACACGCACACCCGCACACACACCUCAGAAAAGGACCGAAUAAAUGAGUCACAACCACAACUCCCACAUCAAUAACAGUUGAUUCAAGAUGGCGGCCGAGGGCGAGUACGAGUCGAUCCUGUGCGUGAAACCCGAUGUCAACGUUUAUCGCAUCCCGCCGCGAGCUUCAAAUCGCUCAUACAGGGCAGCUGACUGGAAGCUGGAUACUCCAGACUGGUCUGGACGAAUGAGGGUCACAGCCAAGGGCCAAGUGGCGUACAUCAAACUGGAGGACAAGGUCUCAGGGGAGCUGUUUGCCCAGGCACCAGUUAAGGAGUAUCCCGGUGUUGCAAUGGAAACGGUCAGCGACUCCAGCCGAUACUUUGUUCUGCGGAUACAGGAUGACAAUGGUCGCAGUGCUUUCAUAGGAGUUGGCUUCGGGGACCGAGGGGAUGCUUUUGAUUUCAACGUGGCUUUGCAGGACCAUUUCAAAUGGGUGAAACAGGAGAAUGAAAUCAGUAAAAACGCCCAGCUCGGGGAUUCGGGACCAAAACUGGACUUGGGCUUUAAAGAGGGACAGACCAUCACACUCAACAUAGGGCAAGGUAGAAAGAGGGAUAAACCCCGCCCACAAAGCUCAGGGGGGUUUGGACUCCUCCCACCACCACCUGGAGGCAAGAUAGCCCCGCCUCCUUCGUCAGGUUCAUCCAAUCACAACAUAGUCCCCCAGAGGGGCGGCACAGCAACAGGUUGCCUGUUGGAGCUGGACAGUAGCAACUCUAACACAGUGGUUCAGUCAAACCCUAGUUCAGAUCUUUGGGGAGACUUCUCUGCUCCUGCAAGCUCCGUUCCAUCACGACCACAGGACACCGGAAACUGGAUGCAGUUUUGAGUCGUCGGCUAUGACGUCGGUUGUGAUUUCCAUCUCACCUGCAUCUGUGUCUGUAGCUUACUGUGCAUCACACUGAGAUUAACUCCCACACACUGAUCCCAAAGCAGAGACGUGAAACACCACCGAGCUGUAGAAACAACUCAUGACAUCGUUGCUUUCAGAAAGAAUCGUCGUUCUUUCAAAUAUUCUUGACAGGAAAUGAAGCAUUAAUCUGUUAAAGCCAUUACAUGAUAUGAGCCAUUUCCAAUAAUAUUUAAGGGCUAUGUGUGACGUCCUGAGAGGCAGGUGUUCCUCUUUUAUGUAUCUGCAUCACCUCCCCAAUAGAUGGCUCUCUGGACAGAGCUUUAUCUUUGAUCUGGCAUGUUUAUGUCACUACAACAGCUCCCCCUGCAGGCACUGCAGAGUGCUACAUCUCAAGAAAAAGGCACCAGUGCUUUCCGUAACCUGCUGUGAAUAAUGUGCAACGAGCUACAAAGCUCAGCUUAAGUGAAGGCUACAUUAACAGUAAGACACAAAUCAAAGUAGAAAUUCAGACAUUUUCUUUAUUGCUCUACAAUUGGCACUUAAAUCUUAUUUUUGUCAGCCUUAUUAUUUCCGAAUAAUGAAAUAGAGAUUACAUAAUUUUCCUGAAUAAUUUUGAAAUUACAGCAGCGGCCUGUCUAACUUGUUUAAAUAUAAAUGCUAAAGAAAGAACAGUUUGAGACACAUAACACUAUUUUACCUCAUUUGCAAGAGUUUGUCACUAAGAAAAGUAGGAUUAAAUGACUGACUUGUACCCACCAUCACACUGUGAAUUGUGGAGUAGUACAGCCUUGUCCACAUGUCUCAAAAUUUCUGUAUUUAAAAUAACUACUGUAGGUCUGAAGUGUGGUUUGAUUACAUAAUGGCAAUGUAAGUGGAUUUAAAGAUGCAACUUCAAAAUGUUCAGAUUAGCUUUGCUUUGUGGGAUAUGAAAACUAAAUAGUCAAGAUGUCAAAUCUUUUCUGAACUCAGAUGCAAUCCUCUGAUAAAAUCACCUUUAUCAUGCCAUCUACCGGUAUUUAUCGCCAAUUAUGGAUUGUAAAGUGUUUAGUGUGUAUCACUGAGCUCACUUAAAGUGGGAUGAGAUACUGUGGGAAGAAUGUUUUAAGAUAUGUUCAUGGAAAUAUACGGGGUACAUUAACAUUCCUUUCUGGCGUAUUACAUCUAUAAAUUUAUGUUUACAAUGUAAAACCAUAUUUGUGUUUGCUACCAGGUGCUUGUUAUCAGCAGACUUAUUUUAUUACAACUGAAAUAAGUAUCCACAUCCAGACAUGUAUUUAUUACUGUCAAUUAUUUACAUUUUACAUACUUUUACUGUUUUUUUUUUUUUUUUUAAGAAUUAAAUAAGCUAAGUAUUAAAUAUAACACAUUUUGCUGAAUUUGGCAGUGGGUGUAAAUUAAAACUACUUAAAUACUUGCAGGCCUUCUUCACCCCAAUCAUUUUUUAUUUUUAUUUUUUACCUGUGUCUCAUCCCAAUUAACUUGCCCAUUUCCAAAAUCCAGUUGAAUUGAAUACACGAGGUAAACCAGAGCAGGAAUGUAGGACUAGUUAUCAGAAAGUCCGAUUUGGUUUUGAAAAUCAGUUACUUUACUUAAGGCCCAAUUUUGAGAUCAGAGGGAAAAUCUAAUGUGGGGAUGGUUUGCAAGUAAAUCUCUGCUUCACGUUUCGCAUUAAAUAUGUAGUAAACUAUUAAUGUCCACCAGAUUUACAUUUAGAUGUUAAGAGAGCUACAUCCCCUGCACCUCCCAAAUGGCCCCCUUCUGUAACAACCAGUCAUAUGACGGUGUAGUUCCUCAUUCGUCCAGGAAUGUUCCAUCGUAGAAAAGGUUUCAAUCGUAGUCAUCUGAUGACUACGAUUGAAACCUUUUCUACAACCAGUCAUAUGUUAAAGAGAAAAGAGAUAAGGUGAAUGAGAUGACUUACCCACCUCAUUCUAAUGUGCUGUUCACAGCACAGAAGAAGGGUUUCAGUUACAGUGGAAGGAGGCUGAUUGCUGCAGAAGUGCAUAUGCUAUCAAUUUACCUGCUUUUUCAUGUUUGUGAAAUGACCAUUUGGCUUUUUAACAGGCAAAAUGUUUAGGGAGCUGCAGUUACCUGCAAAAAAAACAGCCCUGUUGUGAACUCAUGACCUUCAGUACUAAAUAUUGUUUGUUCAAUGGAAGUAAGAAUAGAUCUUGAUAAACAAGUAAAUACAGUUCCAGAUGCAGAAGCUGUUCAACACGACUCUGAAACAGUACUGAGGUUUGACAGCAGCUUUUGACAAUCUGAGGAAAACAUUUGGAACUUAAAGGAGUAGUUUGACUUUUUUGGAAAUACGCUUUCUUGUUGACAUUUAGAUGAGAAGAUAGAUACUACUCAUGUCUGUGCAUUUAAUAUGAAGCUAGAGCCAGCAGCCGAGUAUAUUAGCUUAGCUUAGCAUAAAGACUGAAACAGUUGUAAACAGCUUGCAUGGCUCUGUCCAAAAGGAACAAAAUCUGCCUAGAAGCACCUCUAAGUCUCACUAAUGAACACGCUGCAUCUUGUUUGUUUAUAUUUACUAAACUUUACUAUUCCUUUAAUUUAUUUUAAUCCUGAGUGACAUUCUACCUUAAAGAAUGAGCCUACCUUAUGCCGUUAUCCCCGUGUGGCUUAUUUCAGACUGUAAAAUGACAUCAAAAAUGCUCUUUUACUGAACCCACGUGUACUGUUAAAGAUCUGAACACACCAGUCUCAGGACUGAAGGUGGGAAAAACAAAAUGAUUGUGUUACUUCAUCUGAUGAAUGUCUUGGCAGCAAAUGAUAUGUUAAUUCUUGUGCUGAAAAGGCUUUGGCUGAUUGUGAACUUAGAUGGUGUUUACAGGACGUUGACAUGAAUUGUCAAAAGCAUUUCUUGACUGUGAAUUAAUUUGUUUGCAUAUAUUUUCAGGGUUUGCUGUGAUCAAAUCACAUGAAGUGUAUUUAACUGGCAUUAAGAUAUAAUGCUGACCGAUAUGAUAUGCUGAUAUGUGUGUUGUGUUUACAUUGCUUGUAUUGCUGGCUAAAAUAUUAAAAUAUCUCCCAUUUCUCACGCAUUCCACACUGGCUGUAAAAUCACUGGACUAACACUUUUGAUUUAUGACCAAUUUAAUGAGAAAGAGGCAAUAAAUCCUUUCAAAGGA